UGUGCUCAUUUCUGCUUGUAAACAAAGCAGCGCUAGCAGCUAGAGGUCAAAGAAAGGUGGUUGAUAAAGAUCCCUACUCUUGACAGACGUACCUCGCCAUGGAUCACGGAGCUUUUGCAAGACUGGAGGGGAGGAACUUUGAGUUCCGCAUUAUUAAAAAGCGUACUGUGAUCGGUAGAAAUAGCAAGCUUGGAGAUGUGGACGUAAACAUGGGGACAAGUCGCUUUAUCAGCAGACGACAUUUGGAGAUUGUCAUGGACAGAAAUUCAUUCUAUAUUUUGUGUCGGGGGAAAAAUGGAAUUUUUGUGGACGAUACAUUUCAGAGGAGAGAAAACAGAAGAUUACAGAUUCCAAAUUCGUGUAUCAUUCGGUUCCCCUCUACACAAAUCAAGCUGGCAUUCACAUCCCUAGUGGAGGACCUGCCCCCUCAGCUGAUGAGAAGCCCUGCCCUUCCCCUCAGAGCUGACCUACCUCUAUCAUCUCCCUUUGUAUCACCGAUGCCAUCUCCCACUGGCACUAUUAGUGCUGUCAACUCGUGCCCAGUGAGUCCUAACUCCGGCUAUCGCCAUAGGGUCCCCAGUUUUGACUUCAAGGCCAUGGCCAAGUAUGCCUCCACACUCCUCUCCUCCCAAGAGCAGGCUGGGUCUGACAACGAGAGUGUCUCUGAGGCCCCUCCCACUGUCUCAGAGGAGACCCCGAUAUCUAAGGUCACGCCUCCUGCUGAGGAUGACGAGGAGGCCCCUGGUAACGAGGAAGAGGACAACACAGUAAAGCCACCUUACUCUUAUGCCCAGCUCAUCGUACAGGCACUCCUGGCCAGUGCUGAUCACAGGCAAACUCUCAGUGGAAUAUAUUCAUUCAUAUCAGACAAGUACCCUUAUUAUAAGAUUGACGAGAAAGGCUGGAAGAACUCUAUCCGUCACAACCUCUCUCUCAACCAGUACUUCAUGAAGGCACCUCGUGAGAAGGAGGGGCUGGGGUUUGGUAAGGGUGGUUACUGGUGCAUGCAUCCAGAGUACAAGGAGAAGCUCUCCUCGCAGGCCUAUGUCAAACGCAAGAAGAAGGGAAUUCCUGUUUUCCCCUCAGCUGGACUCAUGACAAGGAGUGCCCCAACCUCCCCCACUCACCACCAUCCCAUGAUGCACUCGGAAUUUACAUUUAAAGACAUGGAGUCGAAAUUUCGAAUGGCUGGACCUCCAACGACCUCUCACUUUACGUUGCCUCCAUUCUUCUCUCAGCUCCCUGGGGGGUCAAGCUCCGCCCACUCCCUCCCGGCAAACCCCUCGCGCUCGUCCGGAUUCACUGCCACACCCAUCAAAUAUUUCCCCGUUCCUAUGAAGGCUGCAGACGACAUGGCAAUAUUGAAAAAGCACAAAUAUGAGACUAUACAGGAGGAACAAGACGUAGCCCCUCCCCCUGUGAAAAGAGUUCGAAUUGACGAACAUUCGCUACACCACGAGAAUAAGUCAGAGCAGCAAAGAAUGAUGUCGGCGCUUCCCCAUUUACCCCCUGGCCAUCAGCAUAACCUCCAGUUCCUGUCCAUCCCUAUGAUGGGGGGUGGGGGUAUGGGACCUUCCAGGACACAGGGGAUGCUUGCUCAACCACUGUCGUCAUUCCUGCCACAAAAUUUCUUCACACAAGCUGCAGCGGCCAAUCAGAAUGCUCGAGAUGGUAACCACGGCAAUGAGAGUUGAACUGUGUGUUAGGAAGCAUUGUUAAUAGAAGUCAAUUUUUUCUACGUAUAUUGAGUUCAAAAAGCUCGAUUUCCUUAGGAGUUAAUAUCGUUAUGCUGUACUUCUAGUUUUUACACUUAUUAGUUAUCUCAGCACUUUCAAUACCACCUGUCUCCACCCUGUUCUGUCCAUCACCCACCACCCGUUAUUCCCCGACUAUUUCCGUGUCUGUUUCUCAUCCCAUCCAGGACAGUAAACUAUCACGUACAUUGAGUGUGUGUCUGCCUGAUGUGUAUAGCUAUGCUUAAUUAUGGAUACAUUUUUGUGUGUGCUGUGCACUGACUGGAAAUGGUCGUCAAAAUA